AUGAGAGCGCAACAGCUUAUGCUGGCUUUAGCCGCACCAGGUGUAAUUGCGUCGCCUCUACCACAAGACUCCGGGUCCGGAGGCUCAUGUACCACUGAAGCACUCAAUCAAGACACUUGGAAGAAGCUCGGAAUCGAGGAUUACCUGGCCAAGUGGACGACUUACAACGUUAGCAAGGUGGAAACCAACGCUAUUCAGAACUUCGCCAGCUCUUUUGGAGCACCAAACUUCUUCUGUGGUCUCGACAGCUUUUGCAAUGCGGGACAGCCCUGCUCACCGGUCAAGCUUCCAGGGUGGUAUGCUCUUGUCGCCGUCCAGAACUGGAACAGCUACAUGAACUCUCUCAACACCGCCAUUACCUUCGCCUCCAGCAUCAUGAGCCUUACUCUACCCGAUAUUGUCAAGGAUUUCUACCCAGACCCCAAGGACGACGUUACGGAACUCAAGACAAUGACCCGCGUGUUUGCCGGCGCUCUCUCUAUCAUCCCUUUCACAGGUCCACUCAGCACCGCUGCCAGCGUCAUCGGCGGUACCUCCAGCUUUAUCUCAAGCAACCUCAAGCCUCCUGAGCCUACAGACCUCUUCCUUUCAUGGAGCAAUGUUGCCUCUUCUCUCGGCAAGGUCGUUCAAAACUGGCAGUCGGCCGUCUCAACCAGCUUCCAGACCACCAUUGACGCACAGGUCAACGUAACGGAAGGCAUUUUCCAGAUCAUCCGCGAUGGCAAGUUUCUCGGCACCAGCAGAAACGUCACGCAAACCGAUAUGCAGAAGGAGAUCACCCGCAGCCUUCAACUAUACACCAUCGGGCUUGCCUUGCAGGCCCAGCGCGUCUUCAUCUGGCGCUCAAGACCGUUCUCCGCCGACCAGGAGGAGUGCAAGGAGUACAGCGAGUCUGAUCUGUGUGCGCAAGACUCAGAUGGUCGGUGGAGACAGUAUAUUCUCAUCCAGCGGACAGACCACAAGAAUGCGGCUGGUCGCGAUGACGUGAUGAAGCUUCUGACGGAGAAGUACGGGAUGAAGAAGGAGGAAGUUGUCAAGGAUGUUGCCGACUGCGUGGAUGCUGCUGGUGGGAAGCAACUGACGUAUUCGUUUGGUGAUAUGCUGCCUGUUGAUUCGUCAACAAAGUGCAUCUUCAAUCUGCAAGUCUGUACCGAUAACGGGAGCAACGACGGUAUCAUCACAACUUGUGAAGGCAUGGGCUUGACGGUAUAA